CGGAUCGCGAUGGAAGCGAUCCUCUCUCGGGGGAAAAAAAAGUCCCUUUUUAAUCUCUCGUCGCGCCCCAAUAACGUCUACCUCUCUCUCCUCUAAGGAGCGUAAGACACGAGAGAGCGGGUUACCUUACAACGAUACACGUACGUUUCCUCGCGAGACGUUUAUCUAAGAGAUUCGACAAGUGUCGUCGGCAACAUUUUAAUCCCGCCCACGUAAGAACGUGACGCACGUGUAAUUAAUUGUUUCUAUGCACGACGAUAAUCGCCUUAUCCGCGAAUUAGCGAGUACAACAUAUGUCGGCACACUGAAAACUUUUCUUCCAUUAUCCUCGCGGACGUUUGGCGCGUAGCAUCUUCAGUUGGAAUAUUACUAUCGGAUAUGAGGAACGUUAUUCUCUUUGCGAUCGCCGUCUCUGUCGCCAACUAUGCCGACGGCAGAGUUUAUUACCUGGAGAAUCUCGACGAUUUCGGUGCGCGAAGCAACGACGCGAUCUAUCCGAUGGUGGAACAGCAGGCUUCUCGCGAUCUCGACCUGGCUUUCUCCGCGGGAGAUCCCCUCGAUCGCGAGAACGUCGUAUCCCCGGGCAGAAAGAUAUACACCGUCGUCGCGCCGGAAAAGCCGUAUGUCGAGUCGAACAGGGACGCGGAUCGACCGGUCGCGUACUACAGAUUAACCGAACCGGCCACCAGAAGAGGCAACUUGGACGACGUUAUCCUCGUUCCGCAAGGAGGGCGGAAAUUGAUGAAGCUCAACGGGAACAACAAGGGCGAAGUGAUCUUGGAGCUUCGCGUCAUAGCUAAUCACGAUAGCGCGUAACUCGCGCAUUA